AUGGAUCGAUUUCUCUCGGAGAGCAAGCGCAACUUGCUUCAAACCGGUCGCGACGUUACUCGUCCUUACCCGUGCUUAACAUCGCGAGGAAAGACUCAACUGCGGACGGAGAUCACGUAUUUCUUCGAACAGUGGACAUCCCACUGGACUCGCUGUAUGCCGGAUGAAAUUGACCUAAAGAAACUUCACUCUCAGUCAAAGUUGUCACUGACCCUUGUGGAUCACAAUCUUUUGCCCAAAGAAGAUGCUGACUUGCAACCUGCAGUCCAGGAGAUCAUUGACCACCACAGGUUGGAGACUUCUCACAGGUGUGACAAGACAGUUGAAAUGGUUGGGUCAUGCUGCACUCUGGUAGCCGAGAAAGUUUUCCACUCUAAGCCAGAUCUGUUAGCCCCUCAGGUUGCUCUAUUGCUUUACGGCACUAUACUCCUUGACACAGUGUGCCUCUCAGAGUCGGCACGGAAAACGACAGUGAAGGACUUGGAAAUGGUGUCUAAGUUGCAGGCAUUACUUCCCGACCUGGGCAAGGAGGAAGUGUUCAAGCCACUGUGUAGAGCAAAGUCCAAUGUUCAAGGCCUGACUUUGGAUGAGCUGCUUCGCAAGGACCUCAAGGCUGUCUGUUCAUCAUCAAAGCGCAUAGCGAUAUCAUCGGUGCCUGGAGAAUUGAAGAACAUCUGUCAGGAGAACACGAUGGAGGCAGAGCUGGGCAAGUUCUGCAAGACGCAUGGCUACAGUGCCCUCAUCAUCCUCACCAUAGCUGUUGAAGAGAAAAGCAAUUCAGUACAAAGGCAGCUAGCAGUCUUCUCUUCGGACAUUGUGCUCAAGCAGCAGUUGACUUCGACACUGUUGGCUGUGGGAGACCCGUCCCUGGAUCUUCAGGUUUCACACAUGUCAACAGACCACCUCAUCACGUUUGCCCAGGGCAACACGCAAGCUUCAAGAAAAGUCAUUCUCCCAGUUGUGAGAAAGUUCCUCAACACCCUUGACGACAACAUCCUCCCCAAGAUGAAUGAGCAUUGCCCCCAGACAAAUGGCACUCUCAGCGUAAACAAUCAGCCUUGUGCACCAACAACCGUGAGCAGUCCUGAAGACACUGCGUUACGGGACCCCCCUUUCUCACCUUCUGAUUCUUCAAACAGCAUGUCUGAAACUGCAAAAGAUGGGGUUUCUUGCAGAGGCACAGAAAAAGUGAACGAUGAAGGCUUCACUGCAGCAGUUGAUGCUGACGUACCGAGUCCAGCUGCCUUCCUCUAUCGAGCCCAGACUGUGGACUUCCCCGACAGUCCACACCUGAGGUCUGCUCAGAGGAAAACUGGUUCCACCUGCGGUGAAGAUGAAACAGAUGAUGAAGUUUUGUCUAGAGGGGAGCAUAUGUCAAUUUCUGAAGCUCGAAGAGCACCUUCCUGUUCUCCAACACCAGGCCAAGUAAGCAACCUUGAGUUGAGCCAGCCUUUGAGCCUGGCUUCAGAGCUGGAGGAGUACUACGAGGACAGCCUCCUGAGCGGGAGACUGGCCGUUCCAAAUUUAGAGAAGUCACCCGCGCUGCCUCCUCUCUCAAGUCACUCAUCCACUCCCGAAUUCGAGGCUGACGAUGAGGAAGCCCAGCCUGUGUCGAUGCCGAGCUUAGGUUUUUCCUCGCCUAACAAUGACUCUUAUGCCCUCGUCAGACACUCAACGCCCAACGCGAGCAAGACUUCGCUAGACCUCAUAGCCGAACAGUAUUCUGAUGACGUUGCUCGCAUUAAUCUACACAACUUGCCUCCUCCCUUGGAAAAUGGCAACUCUUUUCUUUUCGAGGAGAAGGCCUCUGGAGAAUUGCCGGACGAAGACCUUGUCGCGAAGAUAAGGAGUUGCUUCGAUGAGGUGAAAAUCAAAGACGGCUACGUUCUAAGCGGCCGACUGCAGGACCUACUGACACCGCAGGAAGUGGACGAGAUUGUCAACAACUACGUGUCGUACUCCAGCUUCAUCGACGACAACAUUCUAGAGGCUGUCGUGGAAUUGGCUGGCGGGAGCCUAAGGAACGGCAGCGGCUGUCAGAGUCGAGAAAAGAAAGUGAUUGUGCCAAACUUUGCGCCAUUUUCGGACGACUCCAGCGACAUUGUAGUCGUAGCUUACGAGGAGGACAACAGCGUCAAUCCUUGCAGCAACGUCAGUAAGACGGCGACCCUCGAAAAGAAGAGUUUAGCUCACUGCGGGGGCGUUGACACCCACGAUGUUCCAGCCGCUGAGACCUUCCACUCGUUGAAGAGGAUAGACGUUGAGGAGUCUGUCCUGAAAAAGCUGGACAUGCUUCCCGGUACUGGAAUUGCAAACAGAUUCACGGCUGACUCGUCUCGUAGUUUGUCGUCGCUGCCGGCUAACCUCUCUUGGGAGGAACAAAAAAUCAAGGUGAAUGCUGCCCGUUCAGAUCCAGAACUACCGGUAGUGGCUCUUCCAGAACAACCCUUGAACGGCAGCAUUGCUGCUGCUGCUUCUGCAGUCUCUCCACCUGAGCUUGUUUCUGAAGAAAUGCAGCAGGAAAAUGACUACAGUGCCCCAGCAGAGAGGCCCUCAAGCCUGAGUGGUGCCAACAGGAGUAGACGCAAGAUUAAAGUGAACCCAGACAUCCUUCAUGCCCAGAUCGGUCUUGACGAUGACCAGAAGAGCCUCUCGUCGAUGAGCAACAAGAGUGACGGGGACGUCUUCUCACCUGCGGACGACCUGGCAACGCCAGAUAUCGAGACUCCUGAUGAACUGGGUGACUCUGUGCUGGGAAGAGAUGACUCGACCCUGAGUGACUCAAUUCCUGAAAUGUCUGCUCGAGAAGAGUACGCAGAGGAGAGAAGCUGGAAGACUUGCAACGUGGGUGGUGUCGAACGCAAGAUUGACAUGAGGGUGAUCGAGCCUUACAAGAAGGUGCUAUCGCAUGGAGGCUACUUCGGAGAGGAUCGUCAAGCCAUCAUUGUGUUUAGUGCAUGCCACCUACCUGAUCGGUGCCGGAGAGACUACGACUAUGUCAUGGAUAAUCUGUUCCUAUACGUUUUGUCAACUUUAGACGAACUCGUGGUUGACAGCUACGUCCUGAUUUACCUUCACGGGGCCACCGAGCGCAGCAAGAUGCCCAGUUUUGGUUGGCUCAAGCGCUGCUACCAAAUGAUUGACAGGAGAUUGCGGAAAAACCUGAAGGGGCUUUAUCUUGUGCACCCCACCUUCUGGCUGAAGACUAUUGUUAUUAUGACCAGGCCUUUUAUCAGCUCCAAGUUUAGCAGGAAACUGCGUUUUGUAUAUAGCCUCGAAGAGUUGUCUUGGGUGGUGCCGCUAGACCACGUGUGCAUACCUGACAAAGUGAAGCAACUGGAGUUUGAGAACAUGAUAAAGGAGAAGAAGAGGAAACUGGGGAGCAAAAAGGUUCUUCCAGGACCGAGGCAUGUUACGGAUGAUGUAUCCUAGUGACUUUGUUGCUCGUAGCACCUGGUGAGCCGAUGGAGCUGGUGCUUUGUCAAAACUGUAUUCGUUAUGAAAGUUAUGAUUUCUAGCUUCACGGCACUGUACAGAGUAGAGAAACCCUGGGCACUUGCGUUCACCUGGGUUGGUUGUACAGCUGACGUGUUUGUUGGCUCGUACUAUAUAAGAUUGUAAACCAGCCAAGAAUAUUAUUUCAAAUAAGGAGCAGCUGCAAGUUAUGAGUAGGUCAUGUUGAGACCUGGGAAUGCAUGUAUUUAUAUUGUGUUUGUGAAAAUAAGUGUUUCUUUCGAAUGUCUUUUAUGUGCUUUUAUUUCUUUCUCACGGCCUCCAUACAAAGCUAUGCUUUAAGAUAUGUGCCAGCUUGCUCAAAUGCUUCAGUGACAACAAGGCUUACUUUGUGCACAGGAAUGUACAGUUAAUUGCACAGAAAUGUACAGUUACCAACUUUUUUCAGAGAAGGUCACAUGCAUAAAUUUAUGAUGAAAAAGUGCAAAAAAGAAAUGCUGCGUAUGAGGGCUGAAGAGACCUUUGGCACUGCUGCUGUGCUAUGCUUCUUACCAAACAUAUCAUUGCUGCCUCUACAUCAUUUUCAUAGGUGUACAUUCAUUGUUCAGAGAGCACUUUAUGAGAUUCUUUACUGAUGUGCAGUAGCUUUUGUGUAGGUGAACCUAAGUUUCUGAUCAGCCAGUGGUGCAGCACCGAGUGUGUGUGAGCAGCGGUAGUGCUAUAGUACAUCAUACCCGAGUAGGUCUCGGUGCCGGUGUUUUUUUUUUUGAAAUCAGCAUUGCUGUUACAAGAGCUUGUUUCUAGUUACAGAGUUUAUAGAGUAGUUGACUGUUAACCUAGAGCUGUUUGCACCUAGUAUUUUGGAGCACCUACUCGCCAGCAUGUUUCCACGUGCAUGUUUUGUUUCCACUCAGCUGUUGUGUGCCGAUUGUGCCAGCAAACACAGGCCCUCAAGUAUUGCACACAUGUAUAAACCUGUUUCGAUCUUCCUAUUCUAGCCUACACUGUUGUGCUUGUUGUAGUUAAGAUAAUAGUCAAGACCGGCACAUAUUUUGCAUAUGCACUUACCAUGUUGGAACAUCAUCCAUUUGGGCUUGCAUUAUCAUACGCCCGAGUCUAGGAGUAUUGUGUCUGUGCGGAAGAUUCACGCAUUCAGGACGCCUUUUAGGCAGCUCGACGUAAUGAUGUCAGGAACUGUUGAAAGGCAUUUAAGUAAAAUGUUCAUGUUAUCUAAUGGAAUCAUUUAGCUAGCUUCAGUAUAUUUGUUGCUACAGCAGGCUUCUCUGCAUGGCUGGGAAUGCGCUAGUACUGUGCCGCACCUUUUUCCAGUUGCACCCGUCUUGUUUUGUUAGUAUUAACGCAUGUGCAAAAGCUCUCUUUACUGUUUUGAGCUUGCAUGAAAGCGCUAUACUGGCCUGUGCCUGAAAUUUUGCAUAACUGCCUGUUCGCGUGUUAAGACUAUCAUUGUUGUGUAAUAGUGUCCACGGCUCUCUUCUGCAUUUCUCACGCAUUGCUUGUUUGCACCAGUGAGUCAAAGGCGAGAACACUCUUAUUUUUGAAAAGUAUAAUAAUGUUUUGAGCGUCGCUGCAGUACAAUAAGCACUGUUAAUUGCUGCUCUUCAAACAUUAAUAAAAUGUUGGUAACUCAGUACUUAAAAUGUCAGUAAGGGCCUGAUCAAACUGUUGACUAGUUGUUGGAAACAUUUCCUGUACUCAGAAAAGUGUAACCAAUGGACCGUUCAAUAAAUGAAAUAAUUGGAGUGUU